AGGGCAGGGAUUGAUUUUGCUUGGGUCUCUGUUGGCUGUAGUGGUCAGACUUGUGUGUUUCCCAUGCUGUCUUGGUUGAUUCGCUGCCCUUAUACGUCUUGCUCUUUCAUAUUUUGGGAAUCUAAUUUCAUUUGCUUAGCAACAGCUCCCAACCCUUUAGGAGCCCCAGAGAGGUGAAAACUGGUUGUAAACUGUUCUCAUUCUAGACGCCGCAAAAUAAACUGCGGUAUUUGGGGACCAUGGCUACAGACCCACUCUCGGAGCUUCAGGAUGACCUGAACUUGGAUACCGAUCAGUCCCUCGGCCAGCUCAAACUGGCCUCCAUAGAUGAUAAGAGCUGGCCUGCAGAUGAAGCCCCUGCUUUUCCCAAAUCAGAGGACUCCAAAGGCUCCCCUGAGCCUGUCACUCACCUGCAGUGGGAUGAUCCCUACUAUGAUAUCGCCAGGCACCACAUUGUGGAAGUAGCAGGUGAUGACAAAUAUGGAAGGAAAGUAAUUUUGUUCAGUGCCUGCCGGAUGCCCCCAAGUCAUCAACUUGAUCAUGUGAAACUGCUAGGGUACUUGAAAUUCACACUGGACCAGUAUGUGGAGAGUGAUUACACACUGGUGUACCUGCACCAUGGCCUGACCAGUGAGAACAAGCCAUCCCUGAGCUGGCUGCGGGAUGCCUACAGGGAAUUUGAUCGCAAGUACAAGAAGAACAUCAAAGCCUUGUAUAUUGUGCACCCAACUAUGUUCAUCAAGACCCUGCUGAUUCUUUUCAAGCCUCUGAUCAGCUUUAAGUUUGGACGAAAGAUUUUUUACGUGAACUUCCUUAGUGAGCUGGAGGAGUAUGUGAAGUUGGAACAAUUGGGGAUCCCAAGCCAAGUGCUGAAAUACGAUGAAUAUCUGAGAUCCCUGCAGAAGCCUCCACAAGUGCCCCAGAAGCCAACACCCCCACGUCCACCGCUGCCAAACCAGCAGUUUGGAGUCUCGCUGCAGCAUCUCAGGGAGAAGAGCCCUGACCAGUCUCCUGUUCCUCUGGUGGUCAGAGACACCAUUGCUCAUUUGCAGGAGCAUGCUCUUGCUACAGAGGGGAUUUUCCGGAGAUCAGCAAAUACACAGGUUGUCAGGGAGGUCCAGCAAAAAUACAAUAUGGGUGUGCCUGUAGAUUUCCAGCAGUAUGAAGAUGUCCACCUGCCUGCUGUGAUUCUCAAGACCUUCUUGAGGGAGCUACCUGAGCCCCUCCUCACUUUUGGCCUCUACAGCCAUGUUGUCAGCUUCCAGAGUGUGGAGGAGGUGAAUCGAGUGGAUGUUGUUCGCAAAACACUCCAGACUCUACCAGAAGAAAACUACCAAGUGCUCCAUUUACUGACAGCCUUUCUGGUGCAGGUCUCUGCUCAGAGUGACAGAAACAAGAUGACAAACACCAACCUGGCUGUUGUGUUUGGCCCAAAUCUGCUGUGGGCCAAAGAUGUAGCCAUCACCCUAAAAGCCAUCAACCCCAUCAAUACCUUUACCAAGUUCCUGCUGGACCACCAGAAGGAGCUCUUUGAGGAUGUGGAGGCCUGA